AUGACCACAGACACGGUCAAACAGAAUACAGUGCUUUGUGUGUGUGUGAGUGUGUCAUGUUUGUUCCGGUACAAUGGACUAUCAUUUGUCUACCUCAUUUACCUCCUCCUGAUUCCACUGUUUUCUGAACCUACAAGAAACACAAUGCAAGGGCACACGGGCCGCUUAUUGAAAACCUUGUGUUUUACAAGCCUCACCUUUCUGCUGCUUCACAUCUUGUUUCAAAUUAUAUUGUACAGCCUUCAGGUCAAUGAUAAGAUCGAGACAGUGUUCAAUUGCACAGUGUGGGAGAUGACCUUCAGACAAAUAGGCUUUGAAAGUGUCAGUGAAGCAGAUGCUGGGAAUAUCAUUAGGCUUUUUAUUCCUGAUGUGGGGAUGUUUUUCGCUGGCUUGGCUACUUGGCUCGUCUGCAGGAGUUUAGUUCAGCAGCCACUGACGGAGGAAAUGGCACAAUACAAUCCAGAGUUCCAGACCGAAGAACAGGACGAAGAAAAGGUGGAGAUGGAAGAGGCAUUCAUCUAUGAGGAGGAUUUUGAUGUGGCAGACAAUCCCGAGGAAGGGGGGACAAAGGAAAACAUUCUUCGCAGGAUUGCAACAUAUGCAUCAAAAUUAAAAGAAAUUAUUGGCAAUAUUAUAACGACCACUGGAAAAGCAGUUGUUACCAUUUUACUUGGUUUAACAGGUAUAAUGCUGCCAUCACUGACCUCGGCAGUUUACUUCUUUGUAUUUUUGGGGUUGUGUACCUGGUGGUCUUGCGGUCGACAGUUUGAUCCGCUGAUAUUCAGCUGCUUGUGUGUAUUAAUGGCCAUAUUCAGUGCAGGACACCUGAUCGGACUCUACCUUUACCAGUUACAAUUUUUACAGGACCUCGUCCCUCCAGGUGACUUCUAUGCAAGGUUGUUUGGUGUAUCACCAGUGAUUCAGACAAACUGUUCAACUACAUGGAAGAUCAUAUCCUAUCCGAAAGUAUCAUGGCCCCAACAUGUCAAUCCUAUCAUGCUGUUGAUGCUCUACUAUAUUUUGGCAACACUCAUACGUCUUUGGCUACAAGAGCCAAUGAUAGAGGAAGGGGAUUGUGAAAGAGCAGAAGAGGAGGAGGAGAAGCAACCAUUUGGAAAUAGCUCAGGCUCACAGGUCACAGCGGAAAUGAAACGUAGUAUGUGGUCUUCAGCACACUAUGCAACUGAUGAGCGAAGGCUGCUUACAAUCACCCAGGAUGACAGCAACUCCUCUGAUGCCUUGCUGGUGACAGUAAAUGGAAACCCUGUGGAUUACCACAACAUGCAAUCCGCACUGCAGGCUGAGAAUUGUCCCAACUCACUGGAGAUGUACUCUAUGCCGCAGUAUAAAUGGGAAAUGACCGAUGAAUCCCCAGACAAACAGGAAGAGGCAAAAAUUGCAGAGACGCCAGAUACCAGCAAGAGUAGUAGUCUCAUUAUUGUCUUCCGUUUCAUCAUGAAGCAGAGUUACAUCUGCGCACUCAUUGCUAUGAUGGCUUGGAGUAUUACUUAUCACAGCUGGCUCACUUUUGUGCUAUUGAUCUGGUCCUGUACACUUUGGAUGGUUCGUAACCGACGGCGAUAUGCAAUGCUCUCUUCUCCCUUCAUGGUCUUUUAUGGGAACAUCCUCCUAUCCCUGCAAUAUAUAUGGAGUCUCGAUCUCAGAAGCAAUGAACUGCCUGAAAUAUCAGGAGUCUUAAAAAAGAUGAAAACCACAGCUUGUGUUGAACUUGGUUCAAAGGCUCUGUGUAUGCUGACAUUCUGGCUGCUCCUCCGGCAAUACAUCACGGAGCUUCGGGAAGUGGAGAAAUCCAAGGAAUCUACUUUGUCAGAGGUCAAAGUGGAAGAGAAAGAAGAUGACCAGCAAGGGAAGGAGAUAAUGAAGGUGGUGGGAAACCUGGUGAUGGGAAUGUUUGUCAAGUAUUGGAUAUACGUUUGCGGAGGAAUGUUCUUCUUCGUCAGUUUUGAGGGCAAGAUCGUCAUGUACAAAAUUAUCUACAUGAUGCUUUUUCUGUUCUGCGUUGCUUUAUAUCAGGUGCAUUAUGACUGGUGGAGAAGGAUCCUGAAGUACUUUUGGAUUGUUGUUGUUUCCUAUACUAUGCUAGUGCUCAUUUUUGUCUACACCUAUCAGUUUGAAGCGUUUCCAGGCCUUUGGCAAAACAUGACCGGAAUGGAUAAGGAAAAACUGAAGGACCUUGGAUUGGAGCAGUUCUCCACCACUGAUCUGUUCACCAGCAUUUUCAUCCCCACAUCUUUCUUGCUGGUCUGUAUAUUACAUCUCCAUUACUUCCAUGACCGUUUUUUGGAGCUUACAGACCUUAAAGCGGUUACCAGCAAACAGGAAAGCACUAUCUACAGCCAUGCCAAAGUUAAUGGUCGUAUGUAUCUGUUAGUAAAUAGACUCAAGCAAUACCUUUCAAACCGCCAGAACGAGUUAGUCAACCAGGAUGGUAGUCUCCCAGACAUCGGGAUGAUGAAUAUUCCCACUGGCACGCAGGUCGAGGAAAGGAACGAGGAUAAAAAGGGAGAGGAAAACGAAGAGGAGGAAGAGGAGGAUUCCACGGAAGAAAAGACCAAUAAGUGGCACCUGGUCAUUGACCGGUUGACUGUCCUCUUCCUGAAGUUUAUGGAGAUCUUUCACAAGCUGCAAGUUGUGGUCUGGUGGAUCUUAGAGCUGCACAUCAUCAAAAUUGUAUCAUCUUACAUCAUUUGGGUAUCGCUGAAAGAGGUUGCUCUGCUUAAUUAUGCGUUUUUGAUCUCGUGGGCGUUUGCUGUGCCAUUCGUAAGAUUCCGUCCACUGGCGUCCAGUGUCUGUACUGUCAUGACCUGCAUCAUUAUUGUGUGCAAAAUGUUGUACCAACUAUCAACCAUCCAGCCCUCCAAUCACUCGGUGAACUGCACAAUGCCACAACUAAAUCAAACAAACAUACAAAAAGAGGCUGAAUUGAUCAAUUCGUUACUCUACUACGGCCCUGUCGAUCCAGCGAACUGGAUUGGACUCAGAAAAUUUUCUCCUCUUCUUGUGUACCUUAAGAACAAUCUACUGAUUCUCGCUAUUUUAGCCUUUGAAGUGACUAUCUACCGGCAUCAGGAAUACUUCCGAUUGCGAAACAACCUGACAGCCCCAGUGGCGAAAACUAUCUUUCACAACAUCACCAGACUCCACCUGGACAAUGGGCUGGUGCACUGUGCAAAGUAUUUCAUAAAUUACUUUGUUUACAAGUUUGGGUUGGAGAUUUGUUUUUUGAUGACAGUAAACGUGGUCGGCCAGAGAAUGGACUUCUACGCCAUGAUACACGCUUUCUGGCUGUUCGCACUGCUCUACCGAAGGAGAAGGAAAGCCAUUGCUGAGAUCUGGCCCAAGUACUGCUUUUACUUAUCGUGUAUCCUCACCUUCCAGUAUCUGCUCUGUAUUGGCAUCCCACCCGCAGCCUGCAAAGAGUAUCCAUGGAGGCAUCCUGGUGCCAAAAUCAACUCAAACUUUAUUAAGUGGUUGUACUUCCCAGAUUUCAUCACGAGACCUAAUGCAAUCUUUCUUGUCUAUGACUUCAUGCUGUUGCUGAUGGCCGCUCUGCAGUGGCAGGUGUUUGAGGAUGAGAACAAGGCUGCUGUACGGAUAGUGGCUGGGGACAAUGUGGAGAUCUGCAGAGAUCUGGAUGCAGCAACGUUCAGUCAGCACAAUCCUGUACCAGACUUCAUUUACUGCAGAUCCUACCUGGACAUGGUGAAGGUGAUUGGAUUCAGCUAUCUCUUCUGGUUUGUUCUUACCAUCAUCUUCAUCACUGGCACUACGCGGAUCAGCAUAUUCUGUAUGGGUUAUCUGGUUGCAUGCUUCUACUUCCUACUUUUCGGUGGACAACUCUUACUGAAGCCGAUUAAAGUGAUCCUGCAGUUUUGGGACUGCCUCAUCGCCUACAAUGUGUUUGUGAUCACAAUGAAGAACAUUCUCUCCAUCGGAGCGUGUGCCUAUGCUGAGUCUCUGCUCAAGAAAGCAUGUUGGAUAAUCCAGACUUUCGGCCUUGUCUGCACUGUAAAGGGGUAUGAUAUGCCUCCUGAUAGUCGUGAAUGUCCAUUGCCCAAUGGUGAAGCAGGCAUUAUAUGGGACAGUAUCUGCUUCUGCUUCCUAUUGCUACAGAGAAGAGUUUUCAUGAGCUACUAUUUCUUACACGUGGUGGCCGAUAUAAAAUCAGCACAGAUCCUUGCAUCACGAGGUGCUGAGCUGUUUCAGGCCACAAUUGUGAAAGCUGUGAAGGCCAGACUUGAAGAGGAAAAGAAAUCAAUGGAUCAGCUCAAGAGACAGAUGGACCGCAUCAAAACACGGCAGCAAAAGUAUAAGAAGGGCAAAGAGAGAAUGCUCAGUUUGACUCAGUCAGUAGAUGUAGAGAAUCCACCAGUCAAGCAAGAAGAUGAGGAUGAUGAUGAAGAAGCAGACAAAGAAAAAUCCAAGGGCAAAAACAAGCAGUGGUGGAGGCCUUGGGUUGACCAUGCUUCCAUGGUUCGAAGCGGAGACUACUAUCUCUUUGAGACAGACAGUGAGGAGGAGGAGAAUGAUGAAGAGUCGGUAAAAAAACAUGAAGAAGUUCCCAAAAAGUCAGGUUUCCAGAGAGCGGCUCGGAAAUUUGCUUCAGCCCUGUUAGCCUUGCCAAAGUCUAUCCUAAAACUGCCAAAAACCAUACUCCAAUUGAUAGUCAGAGCUGUAAAGUUUGUUUACCAGACCUGGAUGUCCGAGUCAAAAUCAAAGGAAAAGAAGAAAGAGCGCAAAAGGCUUCAGAAGGAACGAAAGGAAUGGGAAUCACGUAAAAAAAGAGAAAAACGCGAUCACAUUGCCAUUGAAUGUGAGGAGAAUGAAGAACCACCAUCAGAAGAGGUGAAGAAGCCAACGAAGGCACCAGAUAAUGUUAUCAAGCGGGUGUUUAAUAUUCUGAAGGUGACAUGGGCCCUCUUCCUAGCCUUGGUGGAUAGCUUCACCAAGUGGCUCAACUCAAUCUCAAGGGAAAACAUCGACAUCUCCACAGUGCUGAGGAAUGAGAGGUGCAUGCUUACCAGGGAAGUAAAGAAGGGAAACGUCCCAACUCGUGAGAGUAUCCAUAACUACUACAAGCACCAGAUGAAGAUACACGGGUCACGGGAAUCUGGCUUGAACAAGAACUGUGCUGGUGCCGGAUCCUCUGCAUUAGCUGUCCGUGAAUCAAACCGAGAGGUUGCUGCUCAGAGAAUGGACAGCACAGACUCUGUAGCUUCACGUGAUAGUCUGUCCAGCUGCUACACUGAAGCCACCAUGCUGUUCUCACGGCAGUCAACACUAGAUGAUAUAGAUGAUAUUCCUAAAACAAGUGAGCGUGCUCGACCUAGGCUUCGUAAAGUGUACAGCGUUGAUAUGUCCUCCUCAUCGGUUGAAAGUGGCAGUAUAGUGUCAAGUGAGCCAACACAGUGCACAAUGUUGUAUUCCCGUCAAGGGACCACAGACACAAUCGAAGAAGUGGAUGACGAGCAGGACGAGGAGGCGAGAGGGGCCAUGUACACUGGAGACAUCCUGACAGAGGAAGUACCUCCCUCCUACAGUAAAGCUGUAGUCGAUCGUAUGUCUUUUGGCUCAGACUCGGCUGGUGAAAAGCACUUGAUGGCACUUACCCCAGAAGACGAUAGUGCAGCAGACAGGCUGGAAGACAAUAUCUUUCCACAGAUGAGCCAUGAACUGACAGCUAGCGAACUGCUCCUCAACAAGAUGUUUUAUGACGAAGAAUUGGAAGAAUCAGAAAUAUUCUACGGACACCAGCCUCGAAUUCUCCUCCUCUUCUUCGCCCUGUACAACACUCUGGUGGCUCGGUCAGAAAUGUUGUGCUUCUUUGUCAUCAUACUGAACCACAUGGUCUCAGCCUCGAUGAUCACCCUGGUGCUUCCCAUCCUCAUUUUCCUCUGGGCCAUGCUCUCUGUACCCAGACCCAGCAAACGCUUCUGGAUGACAGCCAUUGUGUACACUGAGGUAACAAUUGUGAUCAAGUACUUUUUCCAGUUUGGCUUCUUCCCAUGGAAUAAAGAAAUACAUCUGUAUAUGGACAAGACAGAUUUUCCACCAAAUAUAAUUGGCAUUGAAAAGAAAGAGGGUUACGUGCAUUAUGACCUGAUACAAUUACUUGCACUGUUCUUUCAUAGAUCCAUCUUAAAGUGUCAUGGUUUAUGGGACGAGGAUGACCAAGCUGAUAAAGCGUCUGAUAAGGAUGAAAUGGAAGAGAACCAACUGCACGAACUUCAGAGGAAGGGCUCUGUGGUGUCUCUAAAGUCAAUCAAUCUGCAAGCCUCCAUGGAUUCCAUACACGUUCAUUUCCCCGAACAGACAACAGCCAGAAGAACGAGUUCAACAGGUUCACAGAUUUCCAACAGAUCAUCAUACAGAUCCCAUCGAGGGAGCACUAGCACUCGAAACAGUUACAGCCGGAAAGGAAGUGGCUCAAUAAGUGUCCAAGCGAAGAGCAAAAAGGAGAUUCUGCUGGAAAAACUCAGAGAGCAAAUGAUUAAGGCAAAGGCAUUUACAAUUGCAAAGACUCUUCAGAUCUACGUCCCCCUCAAGCAGUUCUUCUAUAACAUUAUCCACCCAGAGUACAGCGCCGUGACAGAUGUGUAUGUGCUGAUGUUCUUGGCAGAUGUUGUAGACUUCAUCAUCAUUAUCUUUGGGUUUUGGGCCUUCGGGAAAUAUUCAGCAGCUACCGAUAUCACAUCAUCCUUGUCAGAGGAUCAAGUGCCAAAGGCAUUUUUGGUCAUGUUAAUAAUUCAGUUUGGAACUAUGGUGGUUGAUCGGGCACUCUAUCUCAAGAAGACAGUCUUAGGCAAAGUUGUCUUCCAGGUCAUCCUUGUUUUUGGAAUCCAUUUCUGGAUGUUCAUCAUCUUACCGGUUGUGACUGAGAGAAAGUUUAGCCAAAACACCGUUGCCCAACUUUGGUACUUUGUUAAAUGUGUUUACUUUGGGCUGUCAGCGUAUCAGAUACGCUGCGGUUACCCAACUCGUGUGCUCGGUAACUUUCUCACAAAGAGUUACAACUACAUCAACUUGUUCCUCUUCCAAGGAUUCCGGCUGGUGCCAUUCCUGACUGAACUCAGAGCGGUCAUGGACUGGGUCUGGACGGACACCACUCUCAGUCUCUCCAGCUGGAUCUGUAUCGAGGACAUUUACGCCCACAUCUUUGUCCUGAAGUGCUGGCGUGAAUCAGAGAAGAGGUACCCUCAGCCACGUGGGCAGAAGAAGAAGAAGGUAGUGAAAUACGGCAUGGGCGGCCUUAUUGUCUUCUUGUUGAUCUGCAUUGUCUGGUUCCCGCUUCUCUUUAUGUCCCUGAUCAAAUCUGUAGCUGGUGUGAUUAACCGGCCUGUGGAUGUUUCUGUCACAAUGACUAUUGGAGGUUACCAGCCCAUAUUUGUAAUGAGUGCCCAGCAGAAACAACUGAGGAAUUGCACUGAUGAAGAUUACAGGAAUCUUAACCAGAGAUUUAAAUACAAGUCUGACGCUAUGCAAUUUCUGGAAGCGUAUUUGAAAGAAGACAUUCUGAUUGUUGAACUUGAAGGCAAUUCAAACACUCUUUGGACGAUUAGUCCACCGAGUCGAGCGAAGAUGAUCGAGGUGUUAAACGAUAAUACAUCAACGGUCCACUUUGUCAUUUCUUGGAUUGUUCAAAGAAAUCUCGAUCUCGGUGGAAAAUCAGAAUUAGCCUCUGAUAAAAUGUUGUUCGAGAUACCAACAAAGACUAGAAGCGCUCUGGCCUCAAUGAUGAAAGAACAAAACCCCAAAAAUGUGAUACUUGAAAGGGUAUUCCCAAACUACAUUCGGGCAACCAGUGGUUCUAGCGCGAGUUUUGUGCCGCAACUUUUCUCAAGUAAACUUGACUACCGGAAUCUCAGUGUACAACUGGUUCAGGAUAAGAACACCACAGAGAGUGUCCGGGAAUGGUGGAAUGUCAAUCAACUGAACAAGGUGGUCAUUGAUAAUGUGAGCACCAGCAUCGAACUUUUUGUAUUCAGUGAUCGAGUCAGCCCUCCAAGUCUUGGGUUUCUCGCUGGAUAUGGUAUCAUGGGUAUGUACGCUUCAGUGGUGCUAGUGAUAGGGAAGUUCGUGCGUGAGUUCUUCAGCGGCAUUUCCCACUCCAUCAUGUUUGAGGAGCUGCCGAAUGUGGACCGAAUCCUGAAGCUGUGCACUGACAUCUUCCUGGUGCGAGAGACCGGGGAGCUGGAGCUGGAGGAGGAUCUUUACGCCAAGCUCAUCUUCCUGUACCGAUCGCCGGAAACUAUGAUCAAAUGGACGCGCGAGAAGACAAAGUGACCGCCUCCGUUUCAGCCGAGGCGCAGUAGUUUUCUUUUUUCUUAACAAAAAAACUUACAAUUAAGAAAGAGAGAGAGAGAAGAGUUAAAAGAAAUAAA